GAUACGUGGAGGGGACCCUGGAUUCUGUGGUUGCUGUCAGCACUUGCUCGGGGCUCAGGGGUUUGGUGACAAUAGGGAACAUCACCUAUGGAAUUGAGCCCAUGGAUUCCUCUUCUGGCUCUAAACACAUUUUAUAUCGAUUGGAUAAUGUGAAGAAAGAGCCCACGAUGUGUGGAGUAGCCACUGAAGACUAUGAAGGGGAACAUACAGAGGAAAAUCACCAUCCCAGUAUGACUCAGCUACUGCGAAGAAAGAGAGCGGUCCUACAUCAAACAAGAUACGUGGAGCUGUUCAUAGUUGUGGAUAAAGAAAAGUUUGAAGAUUUUGGGAAGAGUGAAACAGAAGUAAGAGAACACAUGGUGCAACUGGCAAACUUCCUUGACAGUAUGUACAUCAUGUUGAACAUCCGCAUUGUGCUGGUUGGUCUAGAGAUUUGGAAGUAUGAAAACAUUAUUAGCACAGACGGAGGUGCUGGUGAUGUGCUGGCAAAUUUUGUACAGUGGCGAGAGAAGAAUCUUGUUUUGCGCCGAAGACAUGACAGUGCCCAGUUUGUUCUGAAGAAGGGGUUUGGUGGCACAGCUGGAAUGGCCUAUGUUGGAACAGUGUGCUCCAAGAGCCAUGCAGGAGGCAUUAAUGUGUUCGGAAGAAUCAGUAUACAGAUGUUUGCAUCAAUUAUGGCUCAUGAACUGGGACAUAAUCUGGGGAUGAACCAUGAUGAUGAACGCGUCUGUCACUGCGGAGCAAGCAGUUGCAUUAUGAGCUCUGGAGCGUCGGGAUCGAGGAACUUCAGCAGCUGCAGCGCAGAAGACUUUGAGAAACUAACUCUCAACAAAGGUGGAAGCUGCCUGCUCAACGUUCCCAAGCCUGAUGAAACCUAUAGCGUCCCGUACUGUGGGAACAGGCUGGUAGAUGCUGGGGAGGAGUGUGACUGUGGUUCACCAAAGGAAUGUGAAAGUGAUCCUUGCUGUGAACCAGGUACUUGCAGACUCCGAUCCGGUGCUGAAUGUGCUUAUGGCGACUGCUGUAAAAACUGCCAGCUCCUUCCUGGAGGAACCGAGUGUCGGGCAAGUAACAACGAGUGUGACCUUCCAGAGUAUUGCAAUGGCACGUCCCAGUUCUGCCAGCCGGACUUCACCGUUCAGAACGGUCACCCGUGCCACAACGAGGAAGCCUACUGUUACAAUGGCAUUUGCCAGUACUACGAUGCACAGUGUCAGGAUAUUUUUGGCUCAAAAGCCAAAGCAGCCCCCAACAUUUGUUUUGCUGAAGUGAAUUCCAAGGGUGACAGAUUUGGCAACUGUGGUUUCCAUGGCCAUGACUACAAGAAAUGUUCCAGCUGGAAUGCCAUGUGUGGGAAGCUGCAAUGUGAAAAUGUGAAAACUAUGCCUGUUUUUGGAAUUAAGCCUGCUAUUAUCCAGACUCCCAUUAGAGGCACCACGUGCUGGGGUGUAGAUUUCCAGCUAGGCUCUGAUGUCCCAGACCCAGGAAUGGUGAAUGAAGGCACCAAAUGUGAUACUGGAAAGAUCUGCAGGCACUUCCAGUGUGUGAGUGCCUCUGUUCUGAACUACGACUGUGACGUGGAGAAGCAGUGUCACGGACACGGGGUGUGCAAUAACAACAGGAACUGUCACUGUGCAGCAGGCUGGGCCCCUCCUUACUGCGAUACCAAAGGCUACGGAGGAAGUCUGGACAGCGGACCUCCUUAUAAUGACAAAGACACCUCGCUGAGAAAUGGGCUGCUGGUAUUUUUUUUCCUGGUCCUCCCACUCCUUAUAGCUGCUGCUCUGGCAUUUGCAAAAAGAGACAGGCUGAAGCGAUGCUGUAGAAGAUUAAUGUCACGCUGCCAUUCGUCACUUCAGUCACCACCUCCUAGAACAGAAACCGAACCGAGAGACUACCACCACAGAGGCUUUUCACACGGCAUGCCUUAUGCUCCAAGAGGUGUUCCCAUGGAUAUGGAACCAAAUACCUUUCCCGUUCCAUCUUACCCAGUUAACCAGCAUCCUCAGCAGGCUUACCACCAGUCUUACUACCCAUCUCCACAAUACCAGGCGCCGCAGCCACAGAAGCUGCCGACAAGGCCACCGCCUCCGCAACAGAAAUGUGUACCUCAGGGACCUCCUCCAUCACAGCAAAAACGUUUACCUCAGGGACAGUAUUUUCCUUCUCGACCGGCACCUUUGCCUCCCAAAUAUAGGUCUGGAGAAGGUGGAGGCCGUGUCCGUGUCCGACGCCUUUCAACCUUCGUGCUCUGCAGAACCGUCCCCGCUCUGCGCGGCUCACAGGCGCUGUCCGAGAUCACGGUCCCGCUGCGGCUGCCCGCAAACGCGACGGGAGAGGCGGACGCGGUGUCCUACGUCCUCAGGAUAGAGGGGAGGCCGUACACCAUUCACCUGCAGCAGCAUGUCUUUUUAUCUGAUGAUUUCAGGAUUUAUGUGUCUAAUAAGAAGGGAUCUUUGCAUUCUGAUUCAACCCGUAUCAAGGGAGGCUGCCACUACCGGGGGUACAUCGAGGGCUUCCCCAGCUCGGCAGUGACCCUCAGCACCUGCUCGGGGCUCAGGGGCUUGCUGCAGUUUGAGAACGUCAGCUACGGGAUCGAGCCCCUGGGUUAUUCUCCUGCGUUCGAGCACUUUGUGUAUCGAGUGAGUGAUGAGAAGAUGGCAGGUUCCCUCUUGGCCAGCAGCCACCCCGCGAGAGGGCCAGGCGGGCUGACACCACUAUCAGCUGCAGCACGAUCUCCCAAAUACUUCAAAGUGUACGUAGUUUUGGACAAGGCUUUGUACAACUAUAUGGGUUCAGACACAAAUGCUGCAACGCAGAAGAUAAUCCAGGUCUUCAAUUUAGUCAACAGCAUGUUUAGUGCUCUUAAUGUUACCAUUGUGCUGUCCUCUGUGGAGCUGUGGACAGAGAAGAAUAAAAUAUCGACAGCAGGGGAAGCAGAUGACCUUCUACAGCGAUUUUUACAGUGGAAACAGUCAUAUCUCACUCUGCGGUCGUAUGACAUAGCUUAUCUAUUAGUGUACAGGGACCGAGCAGCGUUCGUGGGCGCAACGGCUCCGGGAAAGGGGUGUCAGAGAGACGCUGCUGGCGCAGUGGCCGUGUACCAAGAAGCCGUGACGCUGGAGUCCUUCUCCGUCCUGCUGGCGCAGCUGCUGGGACGCAGCCUGGGCCUGAGCUACGACGACUCCCGGGACUGCCGCUGCCCCGGGCACGUCUGCCUCAUGAGCCCGGAGGCGCUACGUUUCAGUGGGGCAAAAGCCUUUAGCAGCUGCAGCAUCAGGGACUUUGAAACCUUCCUGAAGCACAAUGGAGGCGCGUGCCUUUUCAAUAGACCCCGCUUGACUGGGCUGUCCUACCGGAGAGCGGCCGUCUGCGGCAACGGCGUCGUGGAGCCCGGCGAGCAGUGCGACUGCGGGGCGGCGGAGGCAUGCUUGAAGGAUAAAUGCUGUACUAAAACAUGUCAGUUUAAGCCAGGAGUGAAAUGUUCCUCUGGAUUAUGUUGUAAUGAAUGUCAGUUCAAGCGGAAGACCUCGCGGUGCCGCCCCGCCGAUGCGCAGUGUGACCUGGCCGAGUUCUGCAACGGGUCCUCCGCGUCCUGCCCCCCCGACCUGUACGUGCAGGACGGGCACGGCUGCGAGCACGGCACCGGCUACUGCUACAAGGGACGCUGCCAGUCUCCGGACCUGCAGUGCCGGCGGCUCUACGGGAGAGGUUCAAAAAACGCUCCUGUGGCUUGUUACGAGGAACUCAAUAGUCAGCGGGACAGAUUUGGACACUGCGGGUUCCAGCCCAGGCAGCGCUAUAAGUCCUGUGCUUGGAGGAAUCUCAGAUGUGGAAAGUUAAUCUGCACGUACCCGUACAGCACUCCAUUUCCAUCAGAUGCUGCUGCUGUUCUUUACGUCCGAGUGCGUGAGCAUUUAUGUGUAUCUUUGGAUUAUUUGAAUACACCAGCAAGUCUGGAUCCUCUUCUGGUUCCGCCAGGUACAAAGUGUGGUUAUGGAAAGGUGUGUAUAAACAACACUUGUCACCCACAUUCUGUCCUGGGAUAUGACUGUGACAGCAAAGUGAAGUGCCACGGCCACGGUGUGUGCAAUAAUAAGAGACAUUGCCACUGCCACCCUGGCUGGAAGCCCCCCGACUGCCUGCAGAAGGGAUCCCACUUCGGGGGAAGCGUCGACAGCGGCCUCCACGUGACGGACAGUGGUUAGUACCCACAGCGGAGGUGGGGACAGGCGCCGGCGCUGGAGGACGCGACGCCGGCCUGGCCGGUGCUGGGCUCCUGCCUCCUCCUGCUUGCCCUCGCCGGGGCCGUCUGCCUCGUCCUCCGGCGGCGGGUGCUGGGCCGGCGCUGCGGGUGGCAGCCCCCAAGCAUGGAGGGCUCCGCCGCCGAGGAGGGCAGCGACCGCUCGGAGCCGGGGCCGGAGCCGGAGCCGGGGCCGGGGCCGCGCCGCGGGCGCUAA